AUCAACGACACGUCAUUUUGCUGGGGGAUUUUGCUGAUCAAUCUUAGUUUCGCAUUUCGUGCUGCAGACCAGACGAACAGUUUGUUGAAAUAUUUGGGAUAAAUUUCUCGCCUUUUCCAACAACUCUUGGUCUCUACAAAUUCCUCAUAAUUAUGGCUACACAAAAGCAUGUGUUCACUGUUGAGAUGACAUGCGAGGGUUGUUCUGGUGCUGUGACAAGGGUCCUAAACAAACAAAAAGAUAAAGUGUCCAAAUUUGACGUGGAUCUGGCCCAACAGCGAGUGGUCGUUGAAUCAACACUCUCCUCUGAUGAACUGCUGGAGAUUCUCAAGAAAACUGGCAAAGCAACAACCUAUGUUGGCCUGGAAAACUGAACAGCAAUGGGAAAAGAUAGAAUGAUAUAUGAUGAGACCAUAUAGUCUAGAGCAUUUUUUUUUACCCCAUUAGCGUAUGCAAUACAUUGUAUUAUUACAUUGUAUAUAUUCCUUGAUAAACCCAUCAAACCAUUAUAGUGCUUGGACGGAACAGGGAGUAAAAAGGAGGGCAGUUUGGGGCAGUACGGAGACUAAUGGCUUAAAAGUCACAGAAGAAUCUUGUAUAAAUCAUUAAACUGCAUUUUUUGUCCUUUUUAAUUUCAUUUCCAGUCUUUAUAUUGCCAUACUUUAUGUCUUUUUGGUUCUUAUGGUAAUGAAACUUUCCAUAUUGAUGAGCAAAGCAGGGAUGUCUUAUGAAGCAAAUGCUUGGGCACAAAGAAGUUCAAAGGAUUUUUGUUGCUAAGUUCGGCUCACUAUUCUUCGUAUUUCUUGGUUGAUUUGAUUGUCAACAGUUAAAUCACAGAUUUUAUGGAUCAAUUAUUACAAAGGAUUUUGUUUUGCGUUCAUAUUUGGUACAGAAAAUUCCUUAAUGGUGAAGUGACAUCAAGUGAGUGCCUUUAAAGUAACAUAACAGUAUCAGUACCCUUAGGUGUCAGAAAAUAGCAUGCACAUUGUUGAAUACACUGAAAAGUGCUCUUUUAAAAUGUUUUUUUUUUAACAAAGAAGGGGCCCUAUUAUUUUUCAUACAGUUCAGAGGCAAUUAUGAUUGUACAAAUAUAUUUUAGUAGAAAAUUCAUUUUAUGGCCCAGGCUAUUUGGCAGGCUGAUGUAUCUGCUGAAAAUGAUACCCACUUGAGACAAGUCAUACUGCAUGGUUUUAAUUAUGUCUAUCUAAUUAAGACAGCUAUUCUUUUCGAAUUUAGACGGUCUUUUUACUAGCUUUGGUAUGUUUUGAAGUGACAGGGUGAUAUCUGAAAGACAAUCCCUCGUAAAAAAUGUUCACUGUUAAAUACAUUAUGUGUAGGAUGGUUUAAAACUCAUUCCAAUAUUUCUAGUCCAUUUAAAUUUAUUCCAGUAUUAUUUUGAUUCAGUUUAAUCACUGUAUAGUGGACAUAGCUUAGAAGCGCUUCAUUUUUGUGAUGCAUGUUUGGUGUACACAUGUACAAUGUAUCAGGCAAUGGUAUGGCCCAUUUGAAUAAAUAAAAUACUGCAAUUGG